AUGAUGAACAAUGUAUUCUUUGUUAAGCUUCAACCGCAUGGAACCAUGUUAUCAAAUAUGACGUGUAUAAAUAUUUCAUUGGCAAGUUUAUCAUCGCGAGCAGAUGAUCGAUUUGGUCAAUUGAAACUAUUUUCAUCACCACAUUUUAUGUCAAACUAUUCACGUUCAUGUGGAAAAUUUGAUAUGCGAUCUAUUCACACGGUGUAUGCUAAAUCAGUUAAUGCACUAGUUGAGAGUCUCUGUGCAAUUUUUCAAGCACGUCCGAUGCUUUUAAUUUACUUAAAUGAUUAUACGAAUGAAAAUCAUGCAUCGUCGGCUGCUUAUAUAUUUUUUCUUAAAUUAUUUACAUUUUUACAGUAUCCAAUGUUAACAUUUCAUUAUUUUCAUCCAUUCCAUCCAGGAAAUUUUCCAAGUUUUCGAUUCUUUCAAUUGGCUCCAACAUAUCGCGAAGAAGCACGAGCUUUAAUAUCAUUGAUGGAACGAUAUGAUUGGAAUACAUUUUCAUUAAUUAUCGAUCCGCAUUUACCAGGUGAAGAAGAACUUACGGACGAAUUUGAAAUGCAUGAAAAUGAACAAAGAAAUUGCAAAAAAAACCUCUGCAAUCGUAUUCAUCUGAAAGGACAGAAAAAAUUAACUAUUCUAUCAAAAAUUCAUAUGAGCAGUACGAAUCCCGUACAUAUAAAACAACAAUUAUCAUUUAUGAACCCUGAAACACGUGUUAUUAUUAUACAUACAACAUCAACAUUAGCAUCAUUAAUUGUUAAACAAGCAAGUAAUAUGAGUCUUACUGGAGCUGAAUAUAUGUGGAUUAUGUCGUCGAUUGUACUUUCAACAUACAGCAGUGGAACUGAACCAAAAAUGAAUCCUUUUGAUAAUCCAAAUCGAAGAAAAAUAGAUUUUUUUGCGGGCACAUUAGAUACGAUUCUUGCUCGGUUCGAUAAAUAUAUUGGACCGAUUUUAAUAAAUGUUUUUUCUAAAAUUACACAUUUGGAUGAAUUAAAACAAAUUAAUAAAAAUGUAACAGCAUCAAAACGUCCUUCAUAUCGUGACCGACUAGCAUGCGCUCGUUUAUUUUCUACUAACACAUCAUUGAAUCAACCAUUUUUAGUACACAAAUAUCCUAAUCUUUAUCAUUUAUUAAAAGAUGAAUUUAAGCGUGCAUAUGGAAUUUUUCAACAAGAUGGUUUAGCUGUUGCUGGUAAUUAUUCUGUAUUAAACUUUCAAGUGCCGAAUAAAGAAUGGAAAAAAGUUGGUGAAUAUGUAAAUAGUACACUUACAAUAGCUGAUAUUCAAUGGCCAGGUGAAAGAUCAAAACCACCUCCAGGAAAACCUGUUAUUUAUUAUUUAAGAGUAGCAACACUUGAGGAACAUCCAUUUGUUAUGCUUAAAGACCCAUCUCUUGACGGACAAUGUCAAGCAGGUUCGGUUAUCUGUCGUGUCGGACCAGAAAAUUCAGGUGCUAAUCAUAGUGAUCCAUACCAUUUUCAAUGUUGUUCAGGAUUUUAUAUUGACAUAUUCAGUAUACUUAAAGAUCGCCUUAAAUUUGAAUUUGAACUUUAUCAAGUACCUGAUCGAACAUGGGGUGGAAGAAAUCCGCUGACUAAUAAAUGGAAUGGGCUUGUAGCUGAACUUCUUGAAAAUCGAGCUGAUUUAACAUUAACAUCACUAAAAGUCACUACGGAACGAAAUUUAGCUAUUGAUUUUAGUGUUCCACUUAUGGAAACGGGCAUCGCUUUAAUUGUAUCAUUACGACGUGGUGCUAUUUCGACCACAGCAUUUCUCAAACCUUAUGAUUAUCGAAUAUGGAUUCUCAUUCUAUUAGUAACACUUCACGGUGUUGCUAUUAUGGUUUUUCUAUUUGAAUAUUUUCAAAAAAGAUUUACUGCCCAUCCUAUGCAGCAUGAUAUUGAAAGUGGUGAACUGAUUUAUGCUUCUCCAUGGCAACAUAUACUUGAUCUUUUCCGCCCUGAAAGAAAGAAAGAUUUGAAUAUAACUUUUUUUCAAUCUGUUUGGCUCAGUUGGGUUAUUUUAUUUCGUGCACCAGCGAAAGUAAAUAAUCCAAAAGGUUUCACAUCCAAAUUUAUGGCUAAUAUUUGGGCAUGCUUUUGUUUGGCAUUCACUGCCAGCUAUACAGCUAAUUUAGCGGCUUUUAUGAUUACGAAAGAUGUCUAUUUUGAUCUGUCUGGUAUAACUGAUCAUCGCAUCGCAAAUCCUCAUUCAGUGAAACCACCAUUUCGAUUUGGAACUGUUGCGAACGGAAGCACCGAUGAAGUCGUGAAAACAAAUCAUAAACAUAUUUAUACAUAUAUGAAACAAUUUAUGAAAAGAAAUAUUUCAGAAGGAGUCAAAGCUUUGAAAGCUCAAGAAAUACAUGCAUUUCUAUAUGAUGCCGUUGUACUCGACUAUUUAAGUGGACAAGAUGAUGAAUGUAAAUUACGUGUUGUUGGAAAUUGGUAUGCAAUGACUGGUUAUGGAAUUGGAUUUCCAAAACAAUCAAAAUUUAAAGAUAUGAUUAAUAAAGAAAUCAUUGAAAUGCAUUAUUCUGGUGAAAUCGAACGCCUACGAAGAUUUUGGUUUACUGGUGCUUGUAAAUCCAAUAUAGAACAACAAUCACAACGCAGUAGUCAACAAUUAGAUCAAAGAAAUUUCACCUCGGCUUUUCUACUUCUUCUCGGUGGUACUUUUAUAGCCAUCAUUAUUCUUAUUUGUGAAAAUGUGUAUUCUCGUUUUGUCACUCGAUCAAAACAAGUUAGUAGUGAAACUAAAGCUCGACAAGAUUACAAACCUAUGAUGGCUGUUAAGAAUGAACAUGAUAGUUUUCAUGUUCGACGCGAAAAACAAUUACAAAAACGUAUUGAAAUGCUGAAUAAACGUAUUCAUCAAUUGGAGACGGAAAGAUCAUUACAACCACCCGCUAUAAUGUCAGAUGAUAGAAAUAAUGCAAAUAAAAGUAAACUAUCAUUCUUAGUACUACCCGUGACAUAUACACCUGAACCGGAAAAGUCACCUAAACUCGAAAUUGUUUCGUUAUCACCAAUGGAUGAAACUAAUACACCACUAUUACUCGUCGAAAAAAUGAAUAACCGAGUAUAUGAAACCAUUGUUUAG